UGAGAUUGAAUGAUCUGUAGAAACAUCUCAUCUGCAUAUUAAACUGUAAGCCUGCUAAACGAAUAGUACUAAGCAGUAGUAUCCAGACCAUAAAAUAUGCAGUUGAGAAGGAAUAAUUAAUGUGUUAGAGACAGCACACUAUCAUUUUCUACUUCUUUUGUAGUAUGUUAUUCUCAUCCACUGUCCUAAGAGGAAACUCAGACAACUCUAUUUAGCAACAUGCGUGAGGUUUAUUGCUUUCAUUUAUUUUUUUGUCUUAAAUUUGUGAAUACUUACCUAAAUCCUACCUCUUCAAAGUCAAUUUUUUAUUGGUACUGCCAUUAAUUAAUCCACCACCCUCUCAACUGAGUCCUUUUUCUUUUCUCUUUUUAUGAAAUUGGUUUAAUCCAUCUUCUGUGAGGCUGUGCCAGUUAACUAAAACAUAAGAGAACAGCAAUGACAGAAAUGUUUGUUUUCUCUGUAAUUGAGUGGGUGAACUCUCAUCUGACCUUUUGGGAUGUGGCAAUUGCAUUGUUGGGGCUAUUCAUUUUCAGUUGUAUAGAUGAGAGUCUCACAAAUAAGGGUGGUCCGAUGCUGUGGCCAGUGCUUGGAAUCAUACCAUCACUCUUCCUUCACAUGAAUGACACGUAUAAUUGGACCACCAAAGUUUUGAUAAAAGCUGGGGGAACAUUCCACUACAGGGGAAUGUGGAUGGGAGGAUCAUAUGGAAUCAUCACAAUCGAUCCUGCCAACAUUGAAUAUAUCCUUAAAACAAAUUUUAAGAACUUCCCUAAAGGGAAUUACUACAGAGAGAGAUUUUCCGACCUACUCGGAGAUGGCAUUUUUAACUCUGAUGAUGAAUCAUGGAAGGAGCAGAGACAAAUUGCAAAGAUGAUGAUGCAUUCGAGUCGUUUUGUAGAGCACUCCUUUCGAACCAUGCAAGAUAUAGUGCAUCAGAAGCUGUUGAAGUUAUUGGAAAAGCUGGCAACAUCAGGGCACUGUUUUGAUCUCCAAGAAAUGCUUCUUCGACUUACAUUCGAUAACAUUUGCACUGCUGCUCUUGGCAUUGAUCCUGGGUGCUUGGCCCUUGAUUUACCAGAAGUUCCCUUUGCAAAAGCGUUCGAGGAAUCCACGGAGCUCACCCUGUUAAGAUUCCUAAUACCGCCUUUUGUAUGGAAGACCCUGAAGCUCUUCAGACUUGGAAAUGAGAAACGGCUCAAGGAAGCCAUAGAAGUUGUACAUGAUUUUGCAGAUAAGACAGUGAGAGAUCGCAGGAACAAAUUAGAGAAGCUUGGAAACUUACAUGAUCAAUCUGAUCUCUUGUCGAGGCUUAUGGAUGGCAAUAAACAAGGCAAAAAUAAACAUUUUCCAGGUAAGUUCUUAAGAGAUUUCUGCGUAAGUUUCAUCUUAGCAGGACGAGACACAACUUCUGUUGCAUUAGCUUGGUUUUUUUGGCUAGUGCACAAAAAUCCUGAGGUGGAAAGCAAAAUCCUGAAUGAAAUCUAUGCAAUUUUAAGCCAUCGUGAGUGUACAACAGAAGAUGACAUAAUUUUCACAGUAGAUGAAUUAAAAAAGAUGGUGUAUCUCCAAGCAGCAUUAUCUGAAUCCCUAAGGCUCUACCCUUCUGUGCCAAUUGAAAUGAAACAGGUUCUAGAAGACGAUGUGUUUCCUGAUGGUACCGUGGUUAAAAAGGGUGCUCGAAUCUUCCACUGCAUUUACUCAAUGGCUCGCAUUGACUCCAUAUGGGGUAAAGAUUGCCUGGAGUUCAAGCCAGAGAGGUGGAUCGAAGAUGGUAAGUUGGUAAGCGUAAAUCAAUUCAAAUAUGCUGUGUUUAAUGCCGGUCCGAGGCUAUGCCUGGGAAAGAAAUUUGCUUACACGCAGAUGAAAAUGGUGGCAGCUUCAGUCCUGUUAAGGUAUUCGAUUAAGGUAGUUGAAGGUCACAGUGUUGCACCAAAGCUAACAACCACACUCUACAUGAAAAAUGGUUUGAUGGUGAGUCUGAAGCCCAGGCAGGAAUAAAAAUCUUCAAGUGACAAAAUAUAUAAAGGAGAAUAAUUAACAUGUACGUAAAGGAGGAAUGCGUCAGUUGAUCCGUUGUGUUCACUCAACCACGUAUUUGUUUUACCUUUAUGGUCAGUGGAAG